AUGGCAACUUAGGAAUAAUUGACAACUGAAUACCCUGUUAAAUCGCGUUAUAACGCAGAUGAAAAUUAAAUAGAUGAACAAGCAGAUGAAAUAGAGUUAAUAGAUCUUAAAACAGAUGCAGGUUAUUUCGAAACUCUUAAAAUCAUGCUAAAUGUAGGAUGUAAGAGUUUUGGAGGACCUAUGAAUUAAGUAGAGGAUUUACAAAAAAUUUUUGUAGAUGAUCUCAAAUGGGUAAAUGAAGAAUUAUUCACUGAGAUAUUUACAAUUUGUUGCGGUAUCCCUGGGUCUGUAAUUACAUAAGUUGCAAUAGCAAUAGGCUCUUUGGUAACUAAUAAUUGGAAGGGAGGAGUUUUUGCAUUUAUAGGACUUACAUUACCUGGUGCAUUAAUAAUGGGUUUAUUUGGCUGUAUCUAUCGUAUUUUAUAGUUAAAUUAAUUGGUUGUGCCAUGCUUGGGAAAAUUGGCUCUUCAUGGAUUUGCUAGUGCUUCUGUUUCAGUUGUAUUUUAAGCUGCAUGGAAGUUUUGUACACAAAUGAAAGUCUCAUGGCAGGAUACUUUUAUAAUUGGAUCAAGUUUAGUUUUAUAUAUUUUAUAUCAAUCACCUAUUUUUAUGCUUGCCCUUAUGAUUAUUGGAGGGUUUAUAAUGUAAAUGUCCUAAAAGGAAGACUAUCGUACAAGUGUAUCUGUUGUAAGCCGUGACUCCAUUUAAAUUGCAGAACCUCGUUUUAGCAGAGUAUUGUAAGAACAAGGAGGAGUUUUUGGAAAAAAUAGUUUGUAUGCUUACAUAAUAAUAUUAGCCGUACUCCUCAUUUUAAGAAUUUCAUUAAAAACUAAGGAUGUUGAAGCUGCUAUUUCAUUUUAUUAUGUUGGUUCUCUCCUUAUGGGAGGUGGUCAUGUUGGUAUUCCCUUGCUUUUUACUGAAUUUACUGCCCUUAAUUUGAUAACAUCUGAUAUAUUCUUUAAUGGAUUUUCAGUUAACAAUAUGAUCCCAGGACCAAUUAUGAAUAUAGCUGUUUAUGUUGGUGGAUUUGCAGAUGGGUUCAAGGGAGCUUUUAUUGCAUACAUAUUCCUUUACCUUCCUACCUUUUUAUUUAUAUGGGGUGUUCUUCCCUAUUGGCACUCUCAUCGUAAGGAUCCUAAUAUAAACAACUUUAUUCGUGGAGCUAGCUUAGUUUCUAUUGGUUUUGUUUUUGCUACUACAUACAUUCUUUGGAGAAAUGCUGGUUAAGAUGAUGUUGUCACUUCUUCUCUAUUAGUCGUUAUAUCUUUCGUGCUACUAAAUAUUUAUGAAUUACCAGCUCCGUUUGUAGUAUUGCUUGGAGGAGUAUUGAUGGUUGUUCGUUAUAUGACUCUUAGAAAUUACAGAGGUGUUGAAGAUUACAGCACUUGUUGA